CUUCAUGGAGAAAAACACAUAAAUCACAAAUAUCUACAAAUGGCGGAAGCAGCAAAAUUUUUCGAAGAGACUUCAGAACCUGCAAAUUUCUUUGAAAAGAAGAGUCAGAUCGAGAAUUUUGUUGCUAAACACAAUGAAGAGAGUACACCCGUCGUUCUUGUUACGUCAGGUGGCACAACUGUACCAUUAGAAGGGAAUACAGUAAGAUAUAUAGACAACUUCAGCAUUGGAACAAGAGGGUCUGCCUCAGCAGAAUAUUUUCUGGAGCAUGGUUAUGCUGUUUUAUUCCUUCAUCGUCAGCGUUCCCUGCAACCUUUUACUCGACACCUUCCACAAUCACAUCUUCUUGACAUUCUGGAGGUCAAAGGUGACAAUGAGGGGCCAACACUUUGUGUCAAACAAGAGAGCACAUCAAAGUUGCUGAACAUAAUUCAGAAAUACCAUGCAGUUCAACAAGAAGGGAGACUACUCAUGAUAGAGUUUACAACUCUGGUGGAUUAUCUGCACUUGCUGAGAGCUUCUUCUCUAAUACUGUCAACUCUAGGGAAGAAAGCUUCAUUGUACUUAGCAGCAGCAGUGUCUGACUUUUACAUUCCAAAAAAUAAAAUGCCACAGCAUAAGAUACAGUCAUCGAAUGGUCCCCUGCAACUUUCUUUGGAGCUGGUUCCCAAAAUGCUUGAAGCUCUCGUGAAAAACUGGGUCUCAUCAGCAUUUGUUGUAUCAUUUAAGUUAGAGACGGACCCAAACUUGCUGACUGUCAAAGCCCAACAAUCGCUGGAAAAGUACGAGCAUCAACUAGUCAUAGGAAACAUACUUGAUACCAGAAAAUACGAGGUUGUGUUUGUGACCAAUAGUGACAUAGACUGGAUAAAGUUGGACGAUAAAGAUAUACAGAACGGUGUUGAGAUAGAAAGUAAAAUUGUGAAAAAUAUAGUUGAAAGGCAUAGACAGUUUUGUUGCGAAUGAUUCUUUACAAUAUAUUUGGUUUUUUAGCUCAUCUGUCACAAAGUGAGCUUUUGUGAUCUCUUUUCGUCCGGCCGUCCGUAAACUUUUACUUAAAAUGACAUCUCCUCAUAAAAAAAAAAAAACAAAAAAAAACACUAAGCUAAUUUCAUUCAAACUUCACAGGAAUGUUCCUUUGGUGGUCACCUUUAAAAGCUGUUCAAAGAAUUUAAUUCCAUGCAGAACUCUUUCGCAAAACUUAAAAAUCUUCUUUGAAAUAAUCCAAAUAACUAGAGUUUAGAUUCUUUUAAAAAACCCUGAGAGCUAGACCUUAGAUAUUUGGCAUGAAGCACCAUCUAGUAAGUGUCUACAAAGUUUGUUAAAAAAAAGCCCUGGGGUCAAAACUGGCCCCGCCCCUUGGGUGUCAAUGUUUUUAACUAUAUUUGUACAGCUGGUCAUUGCUUUACAAUAUACAUUGUAUGUGUGUAGUAAAACCUAAACAUCAUGAAACAUCUUCUAAUGGGUGUCUUCCAAGUUUGUUCAAAAAUAAAAGCCCGGGGUUUAAACUGGGCCUGCUCCAGGGGGCCUAUAUACAGGUGAGCGACCUGAGGGCCAUCAUGGCUCUCUUGUUAUUAUUUAAAUUGUAACAAUUAUUUGAAAAAAGAAAUACUGAUGAUAUAUUAUAGAUUUUAAAAUAUAUAUUAUAGAUUUUAACAUUUUAUCUAUUAAUUGUAUUUAUACAAAUGUAGAUAGUAGAUAGAAAGCGGGACUUGGUGUGUAUAUUCAUACAUAUAUAUUAUAUGGAUAAUUGCAAGGGAUGGGAAUGAAAAAGCUAAAAAUAAGUAUUGGUAUGAUAUGUUAUACUUUAUAUCCGUACGUUUGGUUGAUUGGGCCAUGAUAAUGUUUAUACUAAAGAGACAAUAUACAGUAUAUUAUAUUGAAAAUAAGUGACCUCAUAUGAGCCACGUCACGACAAAACCAACAUAAUGGGUUUGCGUCCAGCAUGGAUCCAGACCAGCCUGCUCAUCCGCGUAGUCUGAUCAGGAUCCAUUCUGUUCUUUAUCAGUUUCUCUACUUGUAAUAUGGUCUGUAUGCGAACAACAUGGAUCCUGAUCAGACUACGCAGAUGUGCAGGCUGGUCUGGAUCAAUGCUGGUUGGAAACCCAUUUUGUUGUCAUGAUGCGGCUCAUUAAUGAUAAUUAGUUUAUAUCACACAAGUAUUUAAGUAAGAAAAAUAGUUUUUAAUUUUUCUGGAUAUAUAGAGAACUCAAGGUAUUAAUGAAAUCCUCUGUCCAUCCAUGGUAAGAACUUAGUACUAUGUUUUUCCUUUUGUAUUUGAAGGCUCAUUAUGUCACAGAAAUGAAUAAUUUUUUCUCUCUUUAGAAUUAGCAAACAUGAGUUUUAUCAUGAUGAAAUAAUGGUUUUAGAGCAUGUAAAAUGCUUAUAACAUGAAAAAAAUAGCGUCAAAUGUGAAAUUAUUUGUCAUAAAUAGUUGCAAAUUGAAAACAAAGUACUAUUUUGACUUAAGUAGUAUUUUGACUUCUAAACAGAAUACUAAAUUACCAUAACUGCCUUUAUAACCAAAAGGCGUCAGAAGCAAUAGAUGGUGAGGCUUAUUGGCCAAUGAUUAAACUUUUUUGAAACUAUUACAGCACACAAAAAAUAAAUAAGCUUUGAGAAAUAAAGAAUAAAAUCAUUUCUGGGUGAUAAUGGGCCUUUAAAUGACACUUUUACAUGUUUUUGUUUUAUGACACAUCUGUAUGUGUCUCCUAUAUCAGUUAUCCAAGAUAUAUGCAUAAUAUAUUUAUAUUAAUUUUUAAACAAGAUGUUUCACUGUUUAUGUAUAAAAUUCUCAAUAUUUUCUCAUGUAAUUUUUUAUCUGACAUGUGUUAUGUGUAUUUUAUAUAACCUGUUGUUACAGAAUUUUGUUGUUUUCAUACUUCAACAUAUCAUUACUUUUAAGGAUGUAAAGCUAUAUUUAAUGAAAUACUUUUAUUAGAUUCAUAAACUUUAAAAUUAGGUUGUUUCCAUUAUGUUUUAUAUUCCCUUUGAAGCUUGUCAGAGUGAGGUAUUGAGCAACACAAUGGUUGUUGAUCAGGUGAGGGAUGAGUUGUCUCAGCUGAGCUGUUACACCAUUUCUUGCUCCAACCAUUACACUUGAUCCAUCAGUUCCAAAGGCACACAUCUUGGUGAGUGGAAGUUGUAGUUCUUGAAGAUGUAUUGUCAAGCUGCUGGUAAUGGUUUCUGCCUUGCCAUUGGGAAAUGGUAGGAUUGAAAGGAAUCUCACCUGACUCAGGCCGACCUUCAGGAAUCUUUUAUAAAUAAUGAUUUUAUCUAACAUAUCACAAUUCUAAAUUUGAAUUAAUGGAUCUUAAACAAGUUCUAAAAAAUAAAAAAGUAAAUGCUAAAUAAAAUUAAUAUCUUCCAUUUUAUCAUUUGUAAAAGCACUGAAGUAGGGGUGUACUUGGCUGAGUGGUUUUGUUGAUUUCAAACCACUAACCCCUCACCUACUUGGUAGAGUUUUAACUGUUAUGCAUGUGCCAUUCAACCCUAAAGAAAUAUACAAACAUGAUUUUUUCUUAAAGAUAUUUUGAAAUAUUCCUUCUAUAUGCCUAUUUUUAAAAAUGUGACAUAAUUAUGGGAUCAGUUUUGCUGUGUCCAAGGUCAGAAGAAGUCUGCUGGAUAAGCUCAGUAGGGGACAUCAAUUUAUAUUGUAAUCCAGAAGAAAUUGGUAAUUACUGGUUACAUAUCCAAGAAGGCCGGUUAUGUACACUAACUUUCAGAGAUAUGACCAAAAAUUUGUUGAGAAAUUAGUGUAGAAAAACAGACAAACAGUCAAAAUGAAAGAUUAAGUACAUGUAUUAGUGGAUUGUAGUCAUUAUGAAUUGAGGGAUGUUAAUGUUUAUGUAGACAGGGCUUUUUUAUAGCUGAAUAUUUGGUCAUAUUCCCAAUUGAAAAUAGUAUAUUAUUUUCUCAAUCCACUGGAAAAAAUUCCCAAUUCAAAGUUACAAAAUAUAAAAAAAAAAAUAAAUAACUAAAAUCUUUGAAAAUAAAGAGGCUGCUUUACUGUAAUAGUGCUUAAAUGUUUGAAAAUGCCAUUCUAGACAGUGAUUGUUUGGAUUCAUUUAAUUACUUCAAAUUUUCAGUCAUGCAUUUUUCCCCCAAUUUUUGACAAAACACCUUCGAAAUUCCCAAUUCCAUAGGUGACAAACAUGAGACUGAGACUUUGUGAUGGGUGUGUUUUGUGACAAUGACAUGAGACUGAUGGAAAUUGAAACAGUAAGAUUUAUUUUAUCUACAUGUAACAGAUGUAUAGCUUUAUGCACUUAAAAGUAACACCUGAGAUGAUGUUUUUUCUGUAUCAUAACAAAAUGUUUGUUAUGAUAAUUAUAAUAUUGCUACAGUCAAUUUGAGAUUUGUUAAAUUAUUUCUGAUUUGGAAACAAAUGUGUAUUAGGUUAAGCAAACAUGAUUAAAAAAACUUUAUGCAUAUAUAAGGAGAAUGAAAGUUUAAUCCUUUACCCUGCUGAAUCUUGUCCUACACUGGUCACAUGAUUGGUUAAUCUUCCCCUACGGAAUCUUGGUCUGCAAUGGUGACAUAUUUAUGAUUAAUCCUUAUUCUACUGAAUUUUGGUCUUCACUGGCCGAUAUUAAUGUUUAAUCCUUACACCUGCUGAAUAUUGGGCUGCUUUGGUCGCAUAUUAAUGAUAAAUUCUUACCCUUGCUGAAUUUUGGUUUGCAUGGGUCACAUAUUAAUGUUUUAUCCUUACCCUGCUGAAUCUUGGUCUGCACUGGUCGCAUAUAAAUGUUUUAUCCUUAACACUGCUGAAUUGUGGUCUGCCCUGAACUCAUAUUAAUGAUUAAUCCUUACCCUUGCUGAAUUUUGGUCUGCACUGGUCGCAUAUGAAUGUUUUAUCCUUACCCUUGCUGAAUCUUUGUCUGUACUGGUCACAUAUUAAUAUUUAAUCCUUGCCCCUGCUGAAUUUUGGUCUGCACUGUCACAUAUUAAUGUUUAAUCCUUACCACUGCUGAAUCUUGGUCUGCAUUGGUCACAUAUUAAUGUUUAAUCCUUGCCCCUGCUGAAUCUUGGUUUGCACUGGUCACAUGUUUAUGGUGAAUCUUUACCCCUGCUGAAACUUGGUCUGCAUUGGUCACAUAUUAAUGUUUAAUCCUUGCCCCUGCUGAAUCUUGGU